GUUUUUGAAGAAAAUUAGGGUUGGGAGUGAGAAUGUAUUGAGUGUGUUAGAAUUUUUAAGGGUCCUGACUUCGUUCCUCCUCCAUUUUUAUGCAGAAAUUGAGGAGAUGUCUUCAGAAGGGACCAUGAGUGUAGUGGGGAGUGAGGUGAUGCCCUUGGAUUACGGUAGCAUGGAUUUGGAGAGCAGUCCGUCUCCAUCUAGUUUAGAGAGGACAGUGGAGGAAAAGAGGGAUCAAAGGGUAGUAGAAGAGGAGGAAGAUGAGAUUCCCUCAAACAUUUUGGAGGCUGGGAGUAAUAUAGAUGGGUGUUAUGACCCAGAGUUAGAUAUAGUGUCUGAGGUGAGGGGAUAUGUUAGUGAACUGGGUAUUAGGGGUAGUCUUAGGGGCCUCGUGGGUAACUGUAACCUUCCCCACCAUGUCCUAAUUAGGCCUGUCGGGGUGAAUGAGAGAGCAUGCUCAGCACCCCAAGACCAUUGGAUGCCCAUGUACGUGCAUUAUUUGGUGGCAGGGCUUAGGUUUCCCAUUCCAGAAUUACUGGCUGGGGGUAAGGGGGAGAAGGGAUGGUACUACUUCGGCCUUCGAUUGUCUAGCAAAGAGAAUAGGAGUUUAUUCACUACUAGAUCGUCAUCCAUCAAAGGAUGGAAAGAAAAAUUCUUCUUUGUGGAUGACACCGAGUGGAGUAGGGGGGAUGCCGAAGUAGAACAAUUGUCUGCUUGGAAAACUAAGAAGGCCAAGCAGAACAAUUAUAAGCUGAAUGAGGAUGAAGUGGAAGAGGUGGGGAAACUGGUGAGGGAAGAAGGGGAGUUAGUGGAUAUUAUAUACCUCACCAGCGCAGAGGCGAUAAAGGCUACUGAGCUCUAUGGACCAAGCUCAUUGAGCGAAGCUGAGAUGGACGGGUUCAUAAAUGCUGCGGGGGGGCUGCGCUUCCCAAAAAAGCCAAGGAAGAAGUCAAAGACUUCAACCGCGAGGAAGAAGAGAAAGGUGGCAGAGCCAGAAGCCAAGGGGGAUGAAGUGGUUGAGUUCGUGCCCCGGCCUUAUCCUCCAGAAAUUGAUCCUAAAGUCCGAGAGAGGGAGGAGGCCGAGGUACGAGGCCCUGGCAAAGGCAAGGGGCCAUUCCCUCUACCUUCAUUCCAGAAGAGUUUGUUCGAAGCAACAAACAUUACUGGGGCAAAGCGCUUUCUCAACGCCACUCUUCCUGAGGUGGAUAGGAGGCGGGCAAGGGACGAGGUGGUGAGCCAGCUAAGGGCUACUGUUGUGAGGCAUGUCCUGGAGAGUGCAACCUGGGCAAACGCUUUAGCGCAGGAGUACGCAGAGAGCGUGAGAGAUCGUGCCAGCUUGCAGAGGCAGUGUGAGCAGCUGCAGAAGGAGAGGGAGGAGUUGCAGAAGGAGAAGAGGGAGAUGCAGAGGAAGUUGGAUGAAGUUCUUCCUUCCGUUACCAAACUCCAGAACGAUAAUGAUGUCUUGAGCAUGAAACUCGUUCUCGAAGAACGUAGGAGGAAGAUCUGUGAGGAGAAGCUUGAAGCUCAAGACAAAUACAUUGAGAACAUGAGGAAGGGAGCGGCGGAGCUAAAGAAGAACGUGAAUCUGCUUGUUCACGACGAAAUGGAGGAGCACAUUUGAUGGGAAUCAAGAUGACCCCACAUGUACCACGUCAAGAGAGCCAUUACAUAUUCCAAGAGGUCCAGUCACGAGAGCUAGAGCUAAGAAGAUGCGAGAAGCUUUUAAAUGGCCUUAUUGAGCAGAUCUGGGUUUAUAUCAACAUGCACAAGUAAAUCAAAGCUUGGAUGAUUG